GUGGCUGCAUGUAGAGGACCCAGCACUGCAGAAUACUAAAGGACCCCACCCCCCCCGAUCUGGGGAUGAGUGAUGCAUCUACUGGUGCCUGACCGCUUGAGUGGCAGCUGACAGCCUGUCCUGCAUUGUUGAUGGUGUAAACUUGCCAAGAGCAGGCCAGUGGAUUUGGAUACCAGGGUAAAAUGAAGCAUUGUGACUUGAGUGACCUUUGUUUGUGAAGGGGAAAUCAGAGCCAUCAUGGCUGAUCAAGGUGAAAUGAAGGAUAAUGACCAGGACCUGUCACCUGACAUGAAGCACUGGAGCAAACAACAAGUGAGAGAAUGGGUUCUGAAGCUGGAAGGUGUGGAUGACAAAACUGCAGAAACAUUGUUUCUGCAGGACAUUACUGGACCUAGCCUUUUGCUUUUAGAGGUUUCAGAAUUAAAAGAAAUGGGUGUGACUUUUGGGCCAGCAAAACUUAUCAUUCAUGCCAGAGAUGAACUCAUCAAGUUAAAGAAGGAUGAGCCCACAAGCUUUGCAAACCAGUCUGGAAGACCAUGUAAACCCUAUCCAUUUCAUAGGUACCAUGACACGUACAGAUACAUAGAAGGCAACAUUCUUGAUAUCCCAGAAUCAGGUGCAUCAGGCCUCAUUGAACCAUGUCAUGAAUAUAAAUCUUUCAUCAACACAACGGAUGAAACUAAAAUGGACAAAUUUACCUCUGAGAUUAUUCGGUUUGCAGCUGCCUGUAUGAAUAGUUGCACCAACGGCACCAUCCAUUUUGGAAUUGGGGACAAGCCAGAAGGGUUUACCCAUGGGCAAGUGUUGGGGGUGGUUGUAGAUGACAAAGAGGCUUAUGGUGUUGAACUAAAGUCUGAAAUUGAUUGUUAUUUUGAGCAUAAACACAAACUCAGCGCCCAAAAGUGCAUCAAACCACCUCGAUUUGUUGGAGUUCUCAACAAGGACAUGAUGUCAUCCAACAAGUGUGUGAUAGAAGUGGACAUAGUUCCUGACUCGACCAUCUGUGGGGAAAACUUCUAUCAUACUUAUAGCAUGAGCACAAAAAAGAAAAAAACUAAAGUUAAAGAAACAGUCACAACUGAAACCAACCCAUCAAAACAAUUCUUUGUUCGAGAUGGAGGAAGCAGCAGAAAUCUGUUCCCUCACACUACAUCUGCCAAAGACGCCAAGGAGUACAAUGACUUUAUUGGUAGUGUUGAACAAAGAGCACAACUAAGAAAACAAGCAGAAGAGAAGCACCUGAGAGUGAUAAAAAGCAGUAACCAAGGGUCUAAACUGAGUCAGAUGAUAACUGGGGGAACAGCCUCAUUAGACAAGUCCCACUAUGAGCGGUACGUAAUAGUAACUAAUAAAUCUCAUUCAGUUCAGUUUGAAUCACUGGGGUUUCUUGUGGAACUCAACCCAACAGCUGUGCUCGACUUUGACCCGCAAUCAGCCCAAAAUGGAUUACAGCAGUACUUUGAAAAGCAGAGUCCAGUAACUGUCCAUUUACCAGACCAGUAUAAAAUUACAGGGGAUGUAGAGGACAUUGCAAACAAUUUGCAAUUAACUCGAAACACCAGUUGGGUUUUCUGCAAUGGGAAAAUAGGUGAAGAGGAACCCUCAGAGAUAAACCACUGGAUGAUGGACAAGGGAGCUUCCAUUCGAGGUGUGACGUCAUUUUUGUGUCGGAAAGAUGUGCUUCCAAACAAGAGAUUCCUUGUGGUUUUCUUACUUUUGUCGACAGUAAGUGACACAAUGGAUCCUCUUGUUGAGACAUUCAGCACUUUCUUGCAGGAGUUGAAAGGCACAGAGCAGAUCCUUUGCAUUUGCGAUAAUAAGCAAGCAUUUACCUCCUGGAGAGACUUGAUUCAGGCUCGCUGCGGAAUCGACGUCUCGUCUAGAUGCAUCUAUGAGCUCAGUUUAUCCGAAGUUAAUGGCACUGUUCUUAGUCUGUGGUCAGAAAACCGAAGAUCUAGUCGUUUCUUACCUUGUGGUGGGGGAGGCAAAGUGAUUCUGGAGAAGAAAAUAGAGCGUAGCCUGAAUACUUUAGAUGUCCUGUGUGUAAACCAGUGUGAGGGAGGGAACGAGGACAAAAUUGCCAUUGAGGAGAACUUCUACAAAGGAGGGAAAGUGUCAUGGUGGAAUUUCUUUUUCUCGGAGCAGCCUGGAUCCACUCCGUUUAUUAAACGAGACAAGUUUGCCUACAUCACUGACACAGUCAUACCAGAACUGUGUUCUGAGAGAAAAGCCUGCAUGUUGCUCAACCUCAUCCACAUACCUGGAUGUGGUGGGACAACAUUAGCCAUGCAUACUUUAUGGGCACUCCGAGACAGAUUUCGCUGUGCUGUCCUUCUAGACAACAACGCUGACUUUGCUAAAGUUGCUGAUCAAGUUGUGACACUUCUUAGCUAUAAAUGUGAAGAGCAGUUACCACAUGUCCCUGUUUUGUUGAUGGUAGAUGAUUUUGAUGAGAUGGAAAGGGUAUUUGACUUACAACAGCUCAUUGAAAAUGAGUGUGUGAAGAGGCAAAGUCAGUCCAAGUCUGCACAGGUGAUUCUCCUGAACUGCAUGAGGUCUGAAUCCUCUGAACAUGACCAAAAAGAACCAACAAAAGACACUGUAUUCAUUGGGAACAAGCUCUCUGAAGAAGAACAGAAACAGUUUGAGCAAAAAUAUGUGGAAAUAGAAAAAACACAUACUAAUGCAGAAACAUUCUAUGGAUUCAUGAUCAUGAAGAAGAACUUAGAAGAAGGGUAUAUUCAAAGUGUGGCUUGCAAUACCCUGAAGAGCUUCAACAUUGACCAAAAAAGUGCACAGCUUCUGGCUGUUUUAGUUCUGUUGAGUGCAUAUUGUAAUCGUGCAACUGUGUCUGUCUCUCUUUGUGAAGAAUUCCUUGGUCUUCAACCCAAACCGUUUUGUGGAACCAUCAAAGUUGAGGAAGGAUUUGGAAAGUUUUCCACUUUAAUCACUUGCUGUGAAGUUGUGGGGAAGGUUGUAUUCAAGGCUAUAAAACUGAUUCAUUCAAAAAUUGCAUGGCACUGUUUGCAAGAACUCGCAGCAAAACACAACACAAGCAAAGCAAAGAUUACUGAUUUUCUGCUGACAACAAAUGAACUCUAUGGCAGCAUACAAGGCAAAGACAAACUUAUGCAGGAUGUUCGCAACAUUUUGGUGAAGAGGUACUCUUUGAAGGAAGAAUCUCAAGUACAGGCAACAGCAGCAAUCCCUGCAGGUGAAAAAGAUGAAAAAAAAUCACUAGAAACCCGUUUCUCCCCCCUCAUCCGACACAUUGAAAAUGAGACUCCAGGAUUGGAGGAAAGGGUGCUAAUAAAUGCUUCACACAGGUUUCAAAAAGAUGCAGUCAUAGCUCAGCUAUUAGCAAGGUAUUAUUACCUAAAAAAGAAAGAUUUUGAAGAGGCAAAACAGUGGGCAAAGACAGCCAAAAAUCUUUCUAAAGACAGCUCCUACAUUUCAGACACCGCAGCCCAGGUUAUAAAGCAUGAACUGAAGACCACCAUUGGAAAUGAAAAAGUGCCUAUUGGGCCUGAGGCACUGGGCAGACUUCUCAAACUGGCGAAAUCAGCAACAGAUUCAUUCAGAGAAACACAGAAUCUUGCCAAGGCAGAGUCCACCCAGCGAUUGCAAACCAAGGCAGGCAACUAUCCUUUCAAUACAGCUGGGUACUUGGGGGAAAUUCAGGUAGGGGUACAUGUGAUUGAAGUGCUGAAAAAGAUCCCCAUAUUUUCUGCAGGCAAUGUCCGUCAUGACAUACUGAGUCAGAUGCUGUCUGGAAGUCUCACACUUGACCAGAUAAAACAAAAUGAUCCAGGAUAUCGAAAAAACAUCCAGUACUACAUCAUUCUCCAAAGCUUUAAGGAUGUACUUUACAGCCUCAAAUGUAGGAUGAAGACGAACUUUGACUUCCUUGACAAGUUUUAUGUGAACCUAGGCUCCAAAUUUGGAAUGGAAGAAACUCGUGAGCAAAUAACCCAAAAUGAGCUUUUCAGAUGUUUCAAACAAUAUGCAGAGCUUUUCUGCAAGACAGAUUCUGCUGCUCUUUUGAAAAAUAAAACCAUGCAUAGAAUGCUGCAGCUACACCAGGCCAGACAAUAUCUGGAGAUGCAGAAAGCUGACACAUACUCUGGGAUUCUGAAUUAUCUCUCAAAGGAUGCAAAGGAUGUCCAACCUGCAAUUCUGGAAAAAAUUGCUAAACGAUAUGAGUUUAUCUGUACACAUGAACAGUCCCGUUCUGUGGAAAGGAUUAACUACAUCUACGUCAAUGUUGUGUUGAGCUGCAUCAAACUGGAAUCAGACAAAAUUCUGCCAUACCAGGAACUGGUUAAUAUCCUCUGUCAAAUUCUGCACAAGCCAAUUUCAUUGGAUGACAGUUUACCGCUGCUCUUCAUCGCAGUUGUUCUGUUGUGGCCACAGCAGUACUUAAGCCGUGCAGAAAGUGGCAACCUUGGAAAGCACAUCUCACAAAUGAGAACUUGUUAUCACACAGUGAUGAAAGAAGUGUACAGUGGCAAAAGGCCCAUCAUCCAUUUCUUCCUGGGGAAAAAGCAAGGCUACGAACGACUGGUACACCUCGGCCAAGUUAAAAGUUGCAUCAAGGCUGGGAAGGAACAGUUUGCCUCCAUGUGGGAAAAUGGCUUAAUCUGGAAAAACACAGAGGUGAAAGAGUGUCUUUACAGAGUCUCGGGGGAAGUGAGAGGCCGAAAUAUUCUGGCAAACACUUUAAUCCCAAACCUGAAGAUUGAGGUCACGCCAAUGUUUCAGAGUCAGCUUCGUAACCUCUCAGAUGGAUCAAAAGUGUCAUUCUUCAUUGGUUUCUCUAUGAAAGGCCCUCUUGCAAUUGACAUUUAUUAAACCACAGGAGCACUCGGUUAACACCAUGCAGGGCUGAAGCAAAACAAUGUGGGUCCAUCCAUUUUGUUGUGUAGAAUUAAGGAACCAGUUCCAGGUUUAUAAACCGAUGUAAGAUUUAGGUGUUUUGUAAGCAGAAAUGGAUAUGACCAAAUUUUUGUAUAAUAACCUGUGACUACAAAUGGUGUUUGUUUGUUUGUUUGUUUCAUCUAGAAGGACCAUGCAUAGAGAGAGCAGGUUCUCUUCCAUAGACCUCUACAUUUUUCACCUCAAUUUUUCUAUGGUAGAUUACAACAGACAAAUAAAAUGUUGCCUGAGUACGGGUAUUUAUUGAUUUUAUGUUAAAGUAAUAUUCACUUCAGGCUCUGUUACAUGGGAGGAGUGAGGAAUGGGAUUUCCAGUUGGUCGCAAUUUGUAACCUCACCACUAGAUGUCUCUAAAUCCUACCCAUAGGUCCAUUAACUAACUGUAUUUUUAUCAAGUUGAAACAAGCAAAAAGUCUGUAUUGUCUUAUUAAAACUCAUUGUGUAGCUCAUGAAUUGGUGUACUGUAUAGGUAACAGUUUGAUUAAAUUUUGUAACCAGAUACUCUUGACGAGGAACUCUGUCAUUAACUUUGUCACUUUUACCACUUUGAUGAAUCAUUGAUAAUGUGCAUUAAGAUAAUCACUGUUUUUUUGUUUGUUUUUUUAUUGAACUUUGUGCAUUUAACAAAAUAAGACAUUUACAGUUGCUAAAUACUGAUUUUUAUAAUACUUUUAUGUACAAGUUUUUUCAUGCACUGAUUUUGAUGUUGAAAGUAUACUGUAUGCUAUUUACUGCAGAUGUUUAAUGUUUCAGUGAGAAUGUCCUUUAUGUUGUUUUUUUUUUUUUACAUUUAUUACUCCAUGGAAUAUGAUGAGGACAUUGAAUUUUUCCACUCCAUUUACUUCUGAAUAAAAAUAUAAUAUUUAACAGUA